AGCGGAGGGCCAGGGGAGGGCUGGAGCCCAGCACGUUAAGUUGCGGGGUGCCGGGUUACCCUGUAAUAUGGCCCGCUGGAUACCCUCCAAGAGGGAGAAGUUCGGAGUGGCCAUCUACAACUUCCAGGCGACGCAGGAGGAGGAGCUGACGCUGCAGGUGGGAGACGCGGUGCAGAUACUGGAGUCUUAUGAAGGUUGGUACAGAGGAUUCACGUGGAGGAAUAAGUCCCAGAAGGGGAUCUUUCCGUCUACGUAUAUUCACGUGAAGGAGACCACCGAAGAUAAAGGGCUCCGUGAACAUGUGGUCCCCAGCGAGUUGCCCCUGGUGCAAGAGCUCACUGCCACUCUCCGAGAGUGGGGAGCCCUGUGGCAGUCCCUCUACGUGCACAAUGAGAGGGCCAAAUUCACCCAAGUACAAAACAUGAUGUCCCAGCUGAUGGAGUGGCGCUCACAGAUCAUGUCUGGGACUCUACCCAAGGAUGAUUUAGCGGAGCUGAGAAAGAAGGUGACUGCGAAGAUAGACUACGGGAACAGGAUUCUCGGUUUCGACCUGGUGGUGAGAGCUGAAAAUGGCAACAUUCUGGACCCUGAUGAGACCAGCGUCAUUGCUCUGUACCAUUCUCAUGAGUCCGCGACCAGACAGAUAGAUGAGAGGAUCCAGGAGGAGAGGUGCCAGCUCCAGCCUCUGGAUUCAUGGAGUCCUGCCAUGCUUCACGCUACUCACACGUACAGUCUGUAUGUAAACCUCAAGAACUUUGUAUGUAACAUGGGAGAAGAUGCAGAGUUAAUGAUGUCCCUGUACGACCCGGACAAUUCUCACUUUAUCAGUGAGAAUUAUUUGGUUCGUUGGGGAAGCUCCGGGAUGCCGAAAGACAUAGACAAGCUGAACAACUUGCAGGCUGUGUUUACAGAUCUCAGCAGUCUGGAUUUAAUUUGUCCCCGGAUUAGCCUCGUGUGUCAGAUUGUGCGAUUAGGGCACAUGGAGCUGAAGGAUGGCAAAAAGCACACAUUUGGACUAAGGAGGCCUUUUGGAGUGGCGGUGAUGGAUAUCUCCGACGUGAUUCACGGGAAAGUGGACGAUGAGGAAAAGCAGUAUUUUGUCCCGUUUCAGCAGAUGGCCAAGGAAAACUACAUGAGUCAGCGGCAGCUCAUCAUGUCUCCUCUGAUCACCUCACGUGUGAUUGCGGAGAACGAGCCGCUAACCACCAUCUACAACAAGGUGAUCGCGGCCAAAGAAGUGAACCACAAGGGGCAGGGGUUAUGGAUCUCCCUGAAGCUUCUUCCCGGGGACUUGGCUCAGGUGCAGAAGGAAUAUUCUCACCUGGUGGACAGAUCUACGGCAGUGGCUCGCAAAAUGGGAUUCCCGGAGAUCAUACUGCCCGGAGAUGUUCGGAAUGACAUCUACGUCACUCUGGUUCAGGGGGAGUUUGACAAGGGCAAGAAGAAGACGCCCAAAAACGUGGAGGUCUCCUUGUCCGUGCAUGACCAAGAUGGUACUUUGGUGGAGAAAGCCAUAAUUCCUGGAGCUGGACACGAGGGGAUGGCUGAAUAUAAAUCUGUGGUGUAUUACCAGGUGAAGCAGCCAUGCUGGUAUGAAACAGUCAAGGUCUCAAUUCCCAUCGAAGAUGUUGGUCGCUGCCACUUGCGCUUCGCGUUUCGCCACCGCUCAUCACAAGAGUCCCGGGAUAAAUACGAGAAGGUGUUUGGAAUGGCUUUUGUCAGGCUGCUGAAUCCUGACGGAACAACUUUGCAAGAUGGCUUUCAUGACCUGAUCAUUUACAAGGGCGAUAGCAAGAAAUCAGAUGAUGCUAAGCUGUAUUUGAUGCUGCCCGGCAGUAAAAAGGAGGAGGAAGAUGGACGGUGCCAGAAGGGUCACUCGGCUGGCAUAAGUCCCACCAAAGACAGCUUCCAGAUCAGUACCCUCAUCUGCUCCACCAAGCUCACGCAGAAUGUGGAUUUGCUUGGUCUGUUAAACUGGCGCUCAAACCCCAGACCUGUUUCUCAAGCUCUGCGCAAACUGAUGGAAGUGGAUGGUGGAGAGAUCAUGAAGUUCUUGCAGGACACACUAGAUGCUCUUUUUAACAUCAUGAUGGAGACUCCAGAAAAAGAGUGCUGUGAUACGCUGGUGUUUGAUGCACUGGUUUUCAUUAUUAGUCUUAUAGCUGACAUCAAGUUCCAGCACUUUAACCCCGUCUUGGAGACCUACAUCUCUAAACACUUCAGUACGACUCUGGCUUAUGAGAAGCUGGUCAAAGUCCUGACCUGGUACGUGAGGAGCCCUGAUGACCCGUGCCGCCGGGAGAUGCUCUUCUCCUCCCUCAAAGCAAUAAAGUACCUGUUUAGAUUCAUCGUCCAGUCCCGAAUCCUGUACCUCAGAUUUUAUGGGCAAGAUGAGGGAAAAGACCAGUUUAACAAUUCCAUACGUCAGCUUUUCCUGUCAUUUAAUGAGCUGAUGGACCGGCCGCUGGAGGAGGCUGUGAAGAUCAAGGCUGCCGCUCUGAAAUAUUUGCCCGGGGUUAUUAACCAUCUUAAAGGCGUCUUCGAUCCUGUGGAACUCAGUGUCCUGUUUGCCAAGUUCAUGCAGAGCGUCCCCACGGAUCAGCUUAUUCAUCAGACGCUAACAUGUAUGUGCAAAGUGGUGGAGAGCGACCUCUUCCUGCAGCCGGAGUGCAGAGAUGCCCUGCUACCUUUACUCAUCGACCAGCUAAGUGGACAACUGGACGAUAAUUAUAGCAAACCGGAUCAUGAGGCCUGCGGACAGCUCCUUAGCCGCAUCCUGGAGGUCCUUCAUAGUAAAGAGGUGGGUGAUACCUCGGUGCACAUGCAGAUGAUCACAGAGCGCCUGCUUCGAAGGGUUAACAGAGCCGUGAUCGGAAUGAGCCGCCAGUCACCGCACAUAGGUCGUUUUGUUGCCUGCAUGACUGCUAUCCUGAGACAAAUGGACGAUUACCACUACGACCACUACAUUGGGACUUUCAAAACUCGGCAUGACAUCAUAGAUUUCCUUAUGGAGACGUUUAUCAUGUUCCGAGAUCUGAUCGGGAAGAGAGUUUAUCCCAAGGACUGGAUGCUGAUGACCAUGACACAGAACAAGGUUUUACUUCGGGCUAUGAAUAGAUUUUCUACGGUUCUGAACAAACUCUUCCUAGACGAAGCCAACUUCGAGCUGCAGCUGUGGAAUAAUUUCUUUCAUCUGGCGGUAUCGUUCCUCACGCACGAGUCGCUACAGCUUCACAAGUUCUCCCAGGAAAAACGCCGCAAGAUCCUCAGCAAAUAUGGAGAUAUGAGAAAAGAGAUUGGCUUGAAGAUCAGGGACAUGUGGUAUAAUUUGGGACCUCACAAGAUUAAAUUUAUCCCUUCAAUGGUCGGACCCAUCCUAGAAGUGACUCUCACCCCAGAGCCGGAUCUUCGACGGGCAACGAUACCCAUCUUCUUUGAUAUGAUGCAGCAUGAGCACAACUUCAGCGGGAGCGGCCACUUCCACAUGUUUGAGAAUGAACUCAUUACUCGUUUGGAUCAGGAGGUAGAGGGAGGACGGGGAGACGGACAGUACAAAGAGCUUCUGGAAAAGCUAUUGUUGGAGCACUGCCGCAAACACAAGUACCUCUCCAGUUCUGGUGAAGUUUUCACGCUCCUGGUGAGCAGUCUGUUGGAGAACCUGCUGGAUUAUCGGACAAUCGCCAACGAUGAGAGCGAGGAGAACCGUAUGAGCUGCACCGUCAACCUCCUGAAUUUUUACAAAGAGAAAAAGAGAGAAGAUAUUUACAUCAGGUAUCUGUACAAACUGCGGGACCUCCACUUAAAUAAAGAGAACUACACGGAGGCAGCUUAUACCUUGUUACUCCACGCCGAGCUGCUGCAGUGGUCGGACAAGCCGUGCGCCCCUCACCUGCUGCAGAGGGACAGCUACACUGUGUACACCCAGCAGGAGCUGAAGGAGAGGCUCUACCACGAGAUCAUAUCGUUUUUUGACAAGGGCAAAAUGUGGGAGCAGGCGAUCAUACGCAGCAAGGAGCUGAUUGAAAUGUACGAGAACCAGAUAUUCCAUUACGAGGCACUUAGUAUCCUGCUGAAUAAACAAGCUGGCUUCUACCAGAACAUCAUGCGAUCCCUACGACUACAGCCAGAGUACUUUGCUGUGGGGUACUACGGGCAAGGAUUCCCCUCCUUCCUGCGGAACAAGAUUUUCAUAUAUCGUGGGAAGGAGUAUGAGCGACUGGAAGACUUCAACCUGUGGCUUCUCACUCAGUUCCCAAAUGCUGAGAAACUUUCCAUCAGUUCCCCUCCGGGAGAGGAGAUCCGGAGCUCACCCAAGCAGUAUGUCCAGUGCUUCAGUGUCAAACCUUUAAUGAAUCUCCCAUCUCGUUACAAAGAAAAGCUGGUCCCGGAACAGAUACUCAGUUAUUAUCGAUUUAAUGAGGUUCAUCGUUUCUCCUACUCGAGGCCGUUCAGGAAAGGAGAGAAAGACCCAGAUAACGAGUUUGCGACCAUGUGGAUUGAGAGGACCACGUUCACCACGGCAUACAGGCUGCCUGGGAUUUUAAAGUGGUUUGAGGUCAAACAGGUUUACACUGAAGAGAUCAGUCCCCUGCAGAAUGCCAUUGAGACCAUGGAGCUGACCAAUGAGAAGAUAAGUCACCAGGUCCAGCAGCACAGAGCUGACCAUAGUCUUCCUCUACACACGCUCUCGAUGCUCCUUAAUGGCAUAGUGGACCCUGCAGUCAUGGGAGGAUUCUCCAACUAUGAGAAGGCUUUCUUCACGGAGCGCUAUCUCCAAGACCACCCGGCUGACCAGGAAAAGAUAGAGCUCCUGAAACAGCUAAUUGCUCUGCAGAUGCCUCUCCUUGGGCAAGGGAUCAGAAUUCAUGGAGAGAAGCUGACAGAGAACCUCCGACCUCUACAUGAAAGGCUUGUGUCCUGCUUCCAGGAGUUAAGGAGGAAAGUGGAAAAGCUGUAUGGCACAAUAACCUUGCCAUCGAGUCUAACAGACAGGAAGCUGAGCCGUGCUGGGUCUGUAGUUGUUCCAUACCUCACAUCAGCGACUUUGAGAAGGUUGUCCACUGUUUCCUCCUCCUCCUCUGGAAGUAGCAGCUCUAGACCAGGUUCAGAAGGAUCAAUCGCAGAACCUGUGCCUCCCAGACGAGGAUCAUUAAUCUCUAGGCUGGAAGACCGCAAUGAUCGAGAAGAGAAUGAACUGAAGCUUAAGCGUAAUAUUAGCCGAUCACAAUUGACCACUGAGAGCCAAGGAGAACGGGAGGUGCUGGUCAAUCCCCAGAAUUCAUCUAUUAGGUCCCAACGUCCCAAGAGUUUACAGCUAACUGAGACACGUCUAUCUCUUCAUACUGGGUCACCAACCCAGGGUGCAGGAACACAAAACCCAACUCCUAUUACCCCUCGGACCCCAAGAACUCACAGUUUUCCAUCACUUCCCACUCAAGGAAGUGUGACAGGGCAGACCGUGGAGUGUCCUCCUCCACCUCCCCCCAAAAACAGACUUCACGAGGGUAGUCAACGACAUUCACUAGAGAUUGCACCUCCAUUGCCACGGCGUGAGGAACCCAAACCACCAACUCCUCCUCCAAAAGUUAGGAAAUCUAGUGUAAUCCAGGAUCCUGGAUUGUGAUGUCCAUUCACAAAGGUGUUUUGGGGUUUCAAAGCCCCAAAGAUCAUUCAACCUGGAUUUUAGAGUCUUAUGAACUAUUUGCAAAGGAUCUAGAAUCUUGAGGAACCAUCCGGCUUCACUGUGAGACUGGAAUAUAUAUAUUUUACAGGCUUACUGGGAACGAUGGGUCAGGCUGCCCAAGUCUACCAAGAUCCGUGCAUUCUACCUGUGACCACUCCACUUCACAGAAAGUCCUGUCCUCCUGGUACAGUAACCUCCAUAGUGCACUUUUGAUUAAAAAAACAAAAUGAUAAGCUUGAAUGAAGGACGUCGCUGAGGGCAUUAUCCUCACUAUAUUUUAACCUAGAUAUAAAAAUUCCAAUUUUGAAGCUAGAAUGUUAACCGACAACAUGGGAACAAUUACUAAUGGCUGACGAUAGAAUUAGACUACCAAGCAAUGCAUCACAGCAAUAAUAUUGCAUCAGCACUUAAGCAUUACUUCCUCUUCUGGAAGUGGCAUCAUCAUGCUAUAUGUUGUGUCGUACAUGUACGUUUCUUUAACCUAAUUUUGUACCGACGGGGCAAGUAAGUAAAGCAUUCUGCCUGCUGGCCUCCUUUA